UCUAUGGUUGUGUUUUUUAUUCCGGUGAAAAAUUUAUAAAUUUUAGUAUUGUGUUGUAAACAAAUAAUAGCAAAUGUUUAAACAAGUUUUGUUUAAAUGAGUGGAAUAACAAUUUUAUGAAAAGUGUCUCAUAAUGGAUAAUAAAAAGGAUAUUUACAAUCUAUGGGUGCAGUAUACGACUAAGAAUGAUGAAUCUCAUUUUCGUGAAUUUAUUGAACGUUUUGUGAGCAUUUGGAAGUGUCAAUUACCGGUGGAUUUUGACCGUGAUGAUCUGCCACUGUGGCAUGAGGUGCGCCCGGAUAGUGGUCCACAUCUAGGACGUCUGCCGGAUGAGUUGCUGCCGGCAAUAGGAAAAUUCAUCAUAAUUGCUCGCGAUACCAGUGAAAAUGGCACACUUGACGAUGAGCAGAUACGUCAGAUUGCUGUACUGGUAGAUUGCUUAGUGAUAAUUUGUCGACACUUUGAUAACAUUUUGGCAAUUAUUAAAUAUGAAUAUAAAUCGAAUUUAAUUGCUAUUUUGGCCAAUACAUUCAAAGAGUGCAUGACUCGGCAGCAAGUGCCUAUGGAAGUGGUGCAUCUCUUUCGCAGCUUCUCGCAAUUUCUUGAAGUUAUGUAUGACCCUUAUUUGACUUGGCGUAGCUUUUUACGUGGCGCCUAUGCCGAUUUUCACAAAAUACCUUAUAAACCACAUACAGUGCAUGUGGAAAUUGUGCCGUUUAUCUAUGAUUGCUUCCAGAGGGAAGAGCUUACCAAAUUUCCUGCCAUUGGGGAAUGUCUGGUGAAUGCUUUAGGUGCUGUUAUAUGUGGAUCUCAGAAAUCGCUAACAUCUCUGACAACUAAAAGUACAGCAAAUUGUGGUGAAGGGCAAGAAAUCUGUGAUAAUUUGCGUAAUGGCAUGCGCGCCAUUUGUCCCGCAACCGUUUCAGUCAUUAUGAAGAUUAUUGCACAGUGGGAAAGCGCCAGUGAGCUGCGCACCGUUGCGCUGAAGUGCUGUGCGCUUAUGAUUGUUGUAUUACAAAAGUCUAGUCCGGAAGAACGCCAAAUAGAUUUAGUUACGCUAAUUCAGCUUUACUGUGAUGCCCUGCAAACGCUGUUAACCACUGAUCACUUUCUCAGCGGCAAUAGCGUAGCGUUUGAAAUCGCUAAUGAUGAUGCGGCCAGCGAUGUAAUUGUGGAUGUGAAUGCGCUGGCGGCGACCGUCGAGAAUGUUUGCCUCUUCCUCGUCGAUGUGGUGAAGGCGCAUGUUAUCUGUGAAGCUAUUAGCGAGACGGCGCUUGUAGAUACGCUUAUAAGCAUUCCAAAGCAAAUAAAGGGCUGGAAUAUGAACUAUGCGUCAGUACUAUGCGCCACCACCAAAGCGUUAGCGGUAAUUACACGCAAUUCGCCCAGCAUUGCAGAACAUUUGCGUGUGUAUGAUAAAAUAGAGAAAUUUUUCAAAAGCUUAAGAGCCUUAGCUGUACCUAACGAUACACUCUUGGACGCAUGCUUCAAUAUGGCCUACAAUGAGCAAGACCAUCUGCUCGUGCUGCCAGAAGUUGUAAUUAAACUGAUUGAGUGGCUGCCGGAAAUAAACGAGCGUGAACAGAUUUACUUAAGCAAUAUAAUACUGCGCGGCUGCACCACCAAUUAUGCAACUAAAUCCGUUUCCUGCGACAAUCGCACCAUUAAGGCGGUUUGUGAGUGCUUGCAUCAAUAUGAGAAACUCGCUGAAAGUUGCAUACAAAAUUUCAUCAAACUCAUUGAAGAGCUAAGUAAAAUAAGCAUCAUACCGAUUGAGCUGAAGCGUAUAUUCAGUUUAUUACGUGAGGAGAGCGGUUUUCCACAAUCCAWACAACUGCUACAAACAUUGAUUGUCUGCUCAUUGCAGAGUCUCAAUAAUAGCAAUGUAUGCACGCAGUUUUUUACAAUCAGCGCGUCGCAUGAAGGCAUUGCGGUGCCUGAUAUCAAAAAUUGGUCCAUGUCGGGGUCAUAUGGUUUCAUUUUUCACAUACUUGUGAGGCUGCAAGAUAAUAUUGAUGGGAGCCGGAGGAAAGCUAGCAAAGGUGGCGAUGCGGAAGGCUCAAAGGAUACGGAUCGACCGAAUUGUCGACGCAUGUUGCUCAAUUUGCGCACUGCGAGUCACACCGGCUUUGAAGUUUUCAUACAGAAUAGCGGCAAUUUGGUUGUGGCAGCAUUGACGCGUCGCGAAUAUCUCACAUCGGUGGUGCAUACGAAAACCUUGUUGGACGGACAAUGGCAUUAUGUUACCGUCGCUAUUACGCCGCCCAAGCGUCCAUUUUCUUAUAGCCAAAUCAAUGUUUACAUCGACUUCAUGCAGAAAUUGAGUGCGACGCUCAAAGUGCAAGCAAUAAAUGAGCCCUUCAAUUUCUGCUCAAUCGGUUCGGCAGCAUUGCCUUUACGUGGCUAUCAGGUUGAACAACACGCAGUCAGUGUUACUGGCUCACCCUUACCGCGUUCAUCAUCGCAAGAGUCGGGCAGCUCUUAUAAGGGUGUGCUGCCCAGCCUGCUMGAGCGCACACUGUCAACCAACGUCUCAAAUUACUUUACGCUUCCGCUGCGCACACAAAGCUCAUUCGAUCCGAAUGUGAAAAAUUUCCCCAUCGGCAUGCAAGACACUGUGUUCGGCGAGCAAACUUGUCUGCGUGGUCAAGUGGGCGCUGUACUCUUGGCAGAGCCCACCACAAAUAUCAAAACCAUAUUCGAUGCGGGCAUACAUUUCCCUUCGAUAUUCUCGCAAGACAAUGAUUUGCUCGAACUAACAUCGCGUUUUGUAUUCUGUUAUGCACCCGGUGGUUAUUGGAACGAAAGCUGUCAAGAUCUCAUACCGGGCGGUCGUUUUCCAUCACAAGUCCACGCACAUCAUUGCUCCAUAGUAAAAGUACAAGAUACAAUAAAUAGUAUCGGUGGUGUACAGGCGAUAUUGCCGAUACUACAUCGCCUCACCAAGCAGCAAGAUGAUUUUUCGCUAUCUAGCGCUGAGGGCAAUGAUUCUGUGGGCAGCGGCGAACAGUUACGCACACCAACCGCAGAGGAAUUCUCCGAUUGGGAAAUGCUCUCCUCCAAUUCCUAUACAGAGUGGAAAAUGAUACAAUUCCCCGUCGCCAGUUUCAUUUGCUUUCUGCGCUACCUCACACACGGCCAUGAAAACAACCAGGAGAAUAUGCUGAAUAGCGAGUGCCUGCAAAUGAUUGGCGCUAUGCUGCAAAAGUGCUCGCCCAGCAUAUUCGAUGUGAAUGCGCUGAUGGCCACACAUCUUUUCAUCGAAUCGCUGCAAGGUCAGAAGUCCGAGAGUGGCAAUGCGCAGGGCAACUCGGCGCUACUGGACGUAUUAUACACCGAUAUCGCAUUCAAUUUUCACAUUUGGGCGCGCAUGAACUUCCAAAUCACACUCGGUCAUGUGCAAUACCUUAGCGCUAUGAUUAAGAACGAUCGCAAGUACUAUCGCAAGAAGUUCGGCAUACAAUUCUUUUUGGAUGUUGUGCGUGAUCACUAUAGUGCGCCGGACAGCAUUACGCCGGAGGAUGCGAAGACGUUACGCGCCACGCUGUACGCUAUCGUGCGGUUUUACCUACAGAAGGACGUGAAUAUCAAAGAGAUUUUCACUAUGAUUGCGUUUUUGGCGUCGGUGCGGCAGGAAAAUGUGCUCAUCGAAUUUUUGGAGAUGUUGACAUUCCAUAUCAAGGGCAAAAAUUGCAAAGAUCAAAUGAUAUUGCUAUUGCACGAACCCCAAACGGCUAAUUUGCUGUACAAUUAUUUUGUGGAUAAGAGUUAUAGCACCGAAGUGCAAGAGGCCGCUAUAAGGUUCAUUAAUUGCUUGCUGAACACUUCGCGCGURAAUCAGAAGUAUAAACAAAUACUACGACUGCAUGACAACGCCAGCGAUAGCUCGCUCUUUCCCGGCUUCUUCUCCUACACCAUACCAAUGACCCUCAGCUCCACCAUACUCUUUCACUUGGUUGACGAAAUGUUGAGCUCAGAAGCCGAUUACGCGGGCAUUAUUUUCCUUGUACAUCACAUCAGCACCUGUGCGUUACAAAUUAAGCUGGAGAUCGCCAAGCGUCUAUUGCAAACCACAUUUGUCAAGCACAACUCACCGCAGGCCAUAGCCAAGCAAUCGGGUUGGCAGGAAUCCAUUGCGCGUCUGCUAAUACAUAAACCGAUUACGAAUGUCAAACCCGAUGAGGAGAAGCGUAAAAGCUUUGGCAUUAGUUUGGAUGUGCUUUUGGAAGAUAAUAAUGACUUUGCGAAUCAAUCGGACUUGAUUAGUUUCUGUGAACAGCAAGUGGAAUUGGAUCAAUUGGCYAAGGAACAUGAUGAUGAGCACAGCGAUGGCGGUCUCAUAUUGAAUGAGAUACAAGCGAGUGUUACGGAGGCUGCCAACGUUAUCGAGAGUGAAAUUAAAGAACUGGCCGAAUCUGUUUCUGGCGCUGUCGUCGAAAAUGUUUCAUCUGUUUUCUCCGUCAUACGCCAAACUACACACGAUAUUCAAGACACCUUCGAGUCUUUGACUUUGGGUGGUUCCACUGAGGCCGAGUCGACGAGCCUUUCGCGUCAACGCACRGAAUCCAUAAGCUCAGACAGUUCAACGACGCAAUCACCAAAGCGAGUUGUCAAAAAAGUCGAUUCGGAGAACAAAACCGCGGGCUUUGAAUUUUCACCAGAUGUCGAUGUGGACAGCGAGGAGCAGCUUGUGUACCUCGUAUCGAAUAUAUUAUUCACCGUUUUCUGGCGUGGCGUCAGCAAUGAUCAUCCACAAUGUUGGAAGGAGCGUGGGCAAGUGCUCGGUUGUAUAAAUUUGCUGGCGCUCAACAAUGAUUUGGUGACGUCGCAUCUGUCUUUGCGCCUGCGUAUACUGGAAAUGGCUGUGCAGGCGUCGCUUUUCGAUCUGUCCGAAAAUGGCAAUCAGACGCUAAUCAACCAAGAGAACGCCUCACAAAUUCUACGCAUGGUCUAUGACCUGGUCGUGCUCGGCUCGAACGAGGAUGAAUCGAAGAAAUGUUCAACAAAGCUUUUGGACGGUGUUUUAGCACUCUUGGACGCUUUGAUGAUAUUCCAACAGGGCUCUUCCGACGAUUGGUCAGAUAUGAUACGUUUAUGUUUGGGUUUGCUGUUAAAAUGUUCAUAUCAUCCCAAUCCGGGUGUGGUGGCUAUGGCCACAGCAAAGUUGCAUGCCAUACUGCAGAGUCGCMACACAGAAGAUCCCAGUGAAUUGGCGUAUUUGUUGUUCAGCAUUAAUCGCGCUUUGGACAAUGCUAUUGAAGUUGGCAAUCCCGAAGAAUAUUCCUUUUUGAUGCCAGUUAUGAAAGCUUUACUUGAAAAAUGCCGUAAGGUUUUCAAUUUGGAUACAAACCUACCUGAUUUACCGCCUACCUCAUCGGGCCCUGUGUUCUUCAACGAUUUCCAAAUGUAUAGCACAAGCAAAAAGUGGCGCAAUUUUAUCGAACGCAUCGUAAGUACACUUUCGUAA